AAACGCAUUCCAUGGCUGCCUUACACACACACUACUUGUCCCCGUCCCUCUCUCUCUCUGAGAAGCUUUGGGGUUAGUUACUGCAGUACUGCCGGAGUGAGCUUCAGAACUGAAGGGGAGGGGUGGUUCUCCCUCUCUCUCUGAACCUCGUCAGUCUGAGUAGAACACUGAUAGCAUCGGACACAGCGGGGACAACUCUCCCACCACAUUAACUGCGCAGCAGCGUGUGUGUUCGUGUGUGUAGCGCUAAAGGGAGAGCUCUAAGUGUGUGCCAGGAAAAAGGAGGAGUGUGUAAAAGGAGAAGCAGCACCAUUCUGGCUGUGUUUUCUCUCAGUGUACAGAGGGGCUGGAUGUCUGGAGGUUUUCAGAGGAGGAGCUCUGAAGAGUAUGGACUCCACUCCAGUGACUGAACUAAAGGGUCAGUUGAAGGGGCCUUAGAAUGGGAUCACUUCUCACUUCCUCACUUGUCCAAAAGUGCACUUCAAUAUCUACCUCUCUGUGACUCCUAGGCCUAUAGGGACUGCUGACUUCUUAUCACUGGUGUUGAUCUGAGUCAGCUUUAAUCAAUGAAACACCUUGCUCAGUAGACGUCUGCCCACAUAGGUAAACAUGGAGUUCUUUGUGGUUUGACCUUGCUUUGAGGUCUUUAGCAGUUAGCGACAUCAGCUUUCCCCACGCACUCCCGAAGACCAGAGAUGAGUGUGUCUCAGCCCGGGGAACGUGUCCCCGUCGGGGGCGUGAAUGGCUCCGCUAUGAGGCUCCCCCUCCUCCGCACCGGCGACCAAAAUGGCAAUGCUUUUCCUGCCUCCUCUUCCUCCUCCUCUUCCUCCCCAGACUCCCUGCAGAGUCUGAGCAGCCUGGACGUCGACAUGGAAUGCGUGAUGUCGACCCAAAUCAAAAUGGCCGCUGUCUCACCCGCUGCGGAACUGCCUCAGACAGAGGUCUCGGAAUCCAACGACAACUCGGUGUCCGUCUACGUGGACGCUAAUGAGGACUCCUGGAAUGACAACCUGACCCUCGCCAUGACCAUUGCUGGGAUACGAGAGCAUAGCAACGGUAGCCAAGGCGAUCUCCAUGACAACGUUAGCAGUGUGGCGAGCAACAGCGGUGGGAGAAGGGACUCUUCUCCGGACUCGGCGGCCACGGAGAUCCCCGGUGACGAUGUUGAUGAUGAGGAAGGGUCGUUCUUGUCGGUGAGCUCGGACAUGGUGAUGAGGAGAAUCAGCCUGAGCGACUCGGAGCGGCUCCCCAGCAGCGGGGUGUCCAUCCUGGAGGACUCGGACACGGCCUCCCCCUCCACAACAGCUCCCAUCCAGGCUUCACUCUCCGCCCCAUUGCCUGACCUCUGUAAGGGCCUCGAGGGGAGGAAGAGUCCUCAUGCUGGAACCGUCACCAUGGAACUCCAGAACCUCCAGACCGGAGCUAGCAGCUCACCAGGUCUGCCCGAUAGAGAGGCGCUUCAGGUGGGGGUGGAUCUGCCCAAGGAGGCCUGCACUCUGGAUGUUCUCCCCAUGGUGGAGGCAGCGGACACCGAGCAUGGUGUGGCACUAGAGGUUCUUCUCAGUGAGACUAUAGUGUCUCCAGAUUCUGAAGGCUUCACUGUAAUCUCCCAGACCUCUACCUCAGUACAAGUCUCCAAGGGUGUGAAUUUGGCAGUGUCCCCCUUUACCGUUCCCCAGUCUCCAAACAAAGGGUCCAAAGGUGCGAACCCCGCCUUCCGCAAGACCAAGGAACACCCGUGUGCAACUCGGGUCAAACUGAACGCCGCCAUCGCCAAGACGGUGGUCACCACGACAUCCAAACCUGGUAGGACCGACAUCAAGAGGUUCCCCAAACCCGACCUGAAGAACGUCAAGUCUAAGGUCAUGUCCAGGCCUGCCUCUACAACCAGAACAGCCAAUCAGACACAGGGAAAAACUGCUCCGGCCAAUGAAAAGAAAGCGCCAGACGGAGUCAAAAGACAAAGGUUGUCUUUGGGUCAAACCAAAGUAGCUUCGCUGAAGCCGAGCCCCAAACCCAGCCCCAAUCAAAACGCAGAGCCCAGAGUCUCUAACCAAUCCGAGAAGAGGAGGAUGGGCACUUUAGCCAAUGGCAUUCGCUCCACCUCCAGCAGCUCUCUGGGUUCAGAGUUGGCUGUGGAUGGGCACCAGAGGACCCUAACCCCAAAUGGAGAAGAGGGUACUACAGGAGGGUGUACUACAGAGGACACUGCAGGGGGUGAGACACCUGUAGAACAAAGGAGAAGCAACGGCACAAAGGUCUCCUCCAAGCUGGGGCCCUCAUCGGUCAGACAGCUGCCCCAGGUCAAGGGCAGGGGGGCCGGGGGAGCGAGCAACACCGGGGGACCCUCCCUGUCUCCCACCUCUCCAGCUCCAGUAGGAGGGAGUUUUGGCUCCAGGCUGCCCCCUCCCGCUCCUCCUUUGACGGGGAAGGACGGCCAGACCACUGGGAGUGUGUCUCCACCGAGAGGACGACCAAGUCAGCCAGCUGGUAUCCCCAAGCCGCGUGUCACAGACAGACCCUCUGGAUUGCCUGGGCCUACUGUGGUGACCUCUAACCCAAAGCCAUUCGUCAACCAGGGGUUAGGUGCUGCUCGGCCUUCGGCUGCUGCCGCCGCCGUGUCCAAACUGCCCGUGAAGAACCUACCCACAAGCCUUAGCUCCUCUUCUCUGGGCAGCGCCGCCAGCGAAAGUAAUGGAUCUACAGCAGCCCCCAGCAAACUCCCAGCUCCAGUGGUGGGGGGCUGUAAACCAGAUGAGAGGCCCAGCCAACCUACAGCUUCAGGGGGAACCCAGGGGUCGAUUAAGGCCCCCACCACUACCAGGCCACUGGGGUUCCGAACCAGAGCCCCCUCACUACCAGGGAGAAGCACUGCAACAGGGCUGAAGACUCCAGCGGUGACCAGCCAGGUAGCAGGCAAGCAGGCCCAGAACCCACUUCAGAGGGCCGGCUCGGCCAGAUUCAACCGCCCCACAGCUGCUGCCACAGUGGACAAGAACAAGGCGCGGGGGACGCCGUUGGCGAGGACCCUCUCCCAGACGAGCACCACUACUCAGGUAGGAGGACCCAGCCAACCCCAGCCGUCCCAACCAGACCUGGUCCCAGUCUCUGCCGUCCUUCUCCCAGUCCAGGGACCAGUGGUCUCGGCAUCCCGCCCGGCCCGGGCUCUAGUGGAGGCUAAGCCGGCCACGGUGGCCCACUACCGUGCCCAGUGUGAGAAGAAGAACCAGAGCCUUCAGCAUUUCCGACGGCUCCUGGAGCAGGGCAACCGCAGGAUAGAGGCCUUGGCUACCGUGGUGCAGCACCUCUUCACCGAGGUAACACUGGAAUAUGUCUGGGUUUUACUGCACCUUGGUCUGCUGUUCUGUCACUUUACCCUUACCUACAUGUACAAAUUACCUCGACUAACCUGUACCCGUGCACAUUUAUUUGGUACCGGUACCCCCUGUAUACAGCCUCGUAAUUAUUAUUAUUUGUUUUGUUUAUUUAGUAAAUCUUUUCUUUACUCUAUUUUCUUAACUGCGUUGUUGGUUGAGGGCUUGUAAGUAGCAUUUCACUGUAAGGUCUACACCUGUUGUAUUCGGCGUAUGUGACAUAACAUUUGAUUUGCUUUGUUUGUUGUAGUUAGGUGCUUGGUGAGCUAAAGGAAUGUCCUCGUCUGUUUUUAGUAACUAUGGUCUCGUUAUAGAGGUCAGGGAACCAUAUCUGUCCUCUGUGUGUGUUUGAGUAGUGCCAUGGAUAUUAUUCAUGUAGCAAUAUAGAUAUAGUGGGUGUUGGUUGGUUGACUUGCAGAGCUUCUGUUUACAUGACGGAGGAGGAGGAGGCAGGAAGGACAGUAAUCUCACCACACCCACUCACCAUUUAGGGUCCCUUGCUGUCAUCAAAUACAUAACGCCUUUCCAUCCAGAACUAUGUAUGACUAUUGAUGAGUGGGUGUCAACGGUAUGCUGUGGUUGGCUGCAUGCCUGAAGUAUCUGUUGUCUCUGCUUUUUGUUGUCCACUGCUAAAACAAGCAGUUAAGUGUGUGUGUGUGUGUGUGUG